UGUUUGCAGAGGGUGCACUGAGCACUAGACAAUGUCCCAGACAGUGAUCAUCCAGCAACCUGGCUCCGUGGGGUCUGCCAUCAUGUCCCCAACGGGUGACUGGAGCACCGGGAGGUACGAAUGUUGUGCAGACUGUGCCACAUGCUGUUUGGGGACUUUCUGCCCAAUGCUUCUGUCAUGUUAUGUGGCAAACAAGUAUGGAGAGAACUGCUGCCUUGGCAUCACUUUUGGAGGCAUGACGGCGCUGCGAACUCACAUGCGCCUCUCUUACGGCAUCCAGGGAACCAUCUGCAGGGAUGUACUGGCGAUGUGUUUUUGUGGCCCUUGUGAGGUAUGCAGAAUGGCUCGCGAAAUGAACAUCCGCUCUCCACACUAAAGGCCCGGCCCGAGCGGCGGACCCCGGCGGGGGCGGGGGGGCUGGUGCCCAAUAAAGCUGUUACCGACCGA